UUGUCAAUAGUAUAUCUCUCCUCGCUUUUAUAUAUCUACACUACUUUGCAUGAAAUCUCAUUAUCCCAAAAGCCCUAAAAUAAAUCGAAAAAGUUGAGUAUGGAGAAGCUCGUUGUAACCCUAACCCUAAUGCUAAUCAUAUGCUUAUCAUCAGAAGCCCAAAUUGUCUCCGACACGAAGAAGAUCACGCGCCUCCAUUUCUACCUCCAUGAUAUCCUCGGCGGCGACAGCCCCACCGAUUGGACCGUGGCGCAAUGCAAACUAUCCAACACUCUGCCGUCGUUGUUCGGGAAGGUGUUGGUGCUGGACAACCUCGUCACGUCCGGGCCCGAGCUAGACUCCGGGGAGGUGGGGCGAAUGCAAGGGACCGUGGCGAUGGCCGACCUCCGUGAGACGGCUCUCGUCAUGCUCAUCAACCUUGUGUUCACCAAGGGCAAGUUCGAGGGCAGCACACUUAGCAUUCUCGGCCGGAAUCCUUUGGCCGUGAAGUCAAGGGAGGCUUCCAUCGUGGCCGGCACCGGUGCCUUUAGGAUGGCCACGGGCUAUAUCAUCACUAGCACUUAUUAUAAAGACCCUACUAAUGUUCGUAGUGUUUUUGAGUACACUGCGGUCGUCUAUCAUAUGGAUCCCAACGUCAACCGCUCAACUUAUUGAUCUACUACUACUAUUUACUCGUUCCUCAUAAAUAAUUGCCUCUUUUGAUUAGGCAUGAGAUUUCAUAAAUUUGCUACUGCUAUAUGUUUGGAUUGGGCUUGAGUUUUCUUAAAUAUGUUAUUAUCUGUUUGGAUUAGGCAUGUGAUUUUAUUAUAGGUAUAAUUCUGUGUGAUGUAAGCGCAGGUACUAUUUUUAAUGGAUUCAUGUGUGAAAGGUCUUAUUUUUGUUGCAA